CCAACAGUUGAACAGUUCACUUCACUCGCUCACGUAGGUCAUUGGCAGGCGAUCAAAUUGUCGCCAUCUUUCUUUUCUUCCAAGUUUUGUCGGCAGUGAGAUUAUAAAAUGGGUACCGUUGAACGCGCCGGUGAUGACCACACCUCUGAGCUGGAAUCUGGUGAGGAGGAGGAGAUCGUAGCGGGUGGUGAACUCGCCCAACAUCUCAUGAAAAGCGGCCUGACCCGCAACGAGAUGAUUGCUGCAAUCACGAACCGCCUACACGCUGAGGUGAUGGCCACUCUGCCGCCCAACGUGCGCCGGCGCAUCCGCGCAUUGCGCUCCCUGCAAAAAGAGUUCGUCGACAUCGAGGCAAAGUUCUACAGCGAGGUGCACGCGCUCGAGUGCAAAUACGAGAAACUGUACAAACCCCUCUUUGAAAAGCGCGCAAAAAUAGUUGGCGGUGAAUACGAGCCCACAGACGAAGAAUGCCUGAACCCGUGGCGCGAGGAGAAUGAGGAAGAAGAACUGGCGCGCGCGGUAGAAGGCGCCGCAAUCACCGACGGCACCGACGACAAGGCCAAACAACCCGCCGAGGAAGCGAAGCCUGUCGAGCCACCAAUGGACCCCAAUGUAAAAGGAAUUCCUGACUUCUGGUACACUAUAUUCAGGAAUGUAUCCAUGCUCUGUGAGAUGAUGCAAGAACACGACGAGCCCAUUCUGAAAUGCUUGCAAGACAUCAAAGUCCAAAUGCACGAAGACCCCAUUGGAUUCACGCUAGAGUUCCACUUCGCCCCUAACGACUACUUCACAAACACAGUGCUGACAAAAGAGUACUCGAUGAAGUGCAAACCAGAUGAUGAGAACCCAUUAGAAUUUGAAGGACCAGAAAUAUAUUCAUGCAAGGGCUGCGAAAUCAACUGGAAGAAAGGCAAGAACGUGACAGUGAAGACGAUAAAGAAGAAGCAGAAGCACAAGUCUCGUGGUUCUGUCCGCACAGUCACCAAGUCUGUGCAGGCUGACUCGUUCUUCAACUUCUUUGCUCCCCCAGCCAUGCCCGAUGACCCGAACUCCACUUUAGCUUCAGAUAUCCAGGCGUUGCUCACCGCUGACUUUGAGAUCGGCCACUACAUCCGCGAGCGAGUAGUAUCUCGUGCCGUCCUGCUCUACACUGGCGAGGGCCUCGACGACGACGACGACGAUGAUUACGAGGAGGAGGAGGAGGAAGAAUGUUCAACUGAAGAGAGUGAAGACGACGAGCCGGCCCCGAGGCGGCGCGGCAACAAGAAGCACGGGAACAAACCUCAUCACGAGAAUCCGGCCGAAUGCAAGCAGCAGUAGCGCUAACCCCGACCUUAUACGCUUAUAAUACAAGGUCCAAAUUGCACUGUCAAUCGGGCUUCUACUAGCCAUAACGCCGAUAACAUUGGCCAUACUGCGGUAGGUUAAUAAAGUCUUAAAUAAAUACUCUUCACGGGUGAUUCUGAAUGGAUAACCUGAACGUUUAUUUUUAGCCAACUAGAAAAUUUGUUUCUUGCUGAAUGUUAUGUGUUCUUGUAUCACCCGUCUUGAGGUUACCAAUGAUUUUUUUCAGUAUUGUUUAAUAUGGAAUAAGACUUGAAUUUAUCAAAUUGUAACUGUAAUAUAGUGUAAAUUAUACUUAUCGUACUGCCCUUUAGAUUUACUAAUUCGGUACCGCGAGUAGAAUCGGCAUGUUAGUUGUAGCUCGAGAGAUCAGUUCGGCAAAUGGUAAUUAUUUAUUACGGUUAUUUCAUUUUCUCGUAACAUAGGCUUUUUGUAAGACGUUUAAUUGUUGGCAUUACCCAGUCGCUGCUAGUUAAAACCUUUGAACAUAUAGGAAGAGAUCUUACAUUCCCAAGUCGAAGGGGGUAUAGAAAAAUACACGGAGCCAUGUUAAAGCUGUCCGCCUCUUUGUGUCAUUGUUCAUAAUUUUGUGUCCAUUGAAAUGUUGUAAUGUUAUAUUUGUAUAAAUAUCGGUGCUGAAGGCAUGAUAGGUAAGUGAUAGUCGGUAAGACCCAAUGUGAUGUAGUAGUUACAUUGCCUGUAAAAUUGUUAACGAUGUUGAUUGAUACACUUAGCAGUCUAUAAGACGGUAUUGUUUUGAUAUGAAACUACAUAAGUAACAAACACCUUCGAUGCCAGUAAUUAUUUAUGUUCCUAUCUAAUAAUUAGCAUUCUUUUUAAAUGUGUGUUAAUGAUAAAAUUGCACAGUAAUUAUGUAUCUGAUGUAUUUACAAUCUUCCAAUUUCAAUAAACGCGCUCUGAGAUGGUCUGUUUAUACGUGCGUUAUACCUAUUUAAUGUAACAUCAGUUACGCUGCAUUGCAUACACCAGCUAUAGGUUAUUUGUACACAAUUUUUAAAAUAAAUUUAAUAAUUGAAACAAGG